GGGACUCUAGCUGUGGAGUCUGGCCUAGCACAGCUCCCACCCAGCUUUCUAGGGACAUCGGGGCAGUUCAUAACCCAGGUGGUCUGUGCACACAACAGGGACAGCUCAGGACACGGGUGGUCAGUGCACACAGCAGGGACAGUUAAAAACAUGGGUGGCCGGUGCAAACAGCAGGGACAGUUCAGAACACGGGUGGUCGGUGCACACAGCAGGGACAGUUCAAAACACGGGUGGUGGUCGGUGCGCACAACAGGGACAGUUCAGGACACGGGGGGGUCUGUGAGCACAACAGGGACAGUUCAGGACACGGGUAGUCUGUGCGCACCACAGGGACAGUUCUGGACACUCAUGGUAAGCGGCUUUCAGACCCUUAGCGGCAGGCGGUUCCAGACAGGG